GUGGGCUCUGGACAGUGUUGUUUGACAGCUGGACAGUGAUGUGAUAAGGCUUCUGUAAACACGAGCAGAUCCGAGGAUCUACUCCGUCCACUCGACUGCAGCGCUGCACAGACAUGGCUGGACAGGAAUUCCUCAGGAAAACUCUGCUACUGCUUUUGUUUCUGGUUCUUUACGCCGUUGCUUUGGGGUUCUCCAUGGACGUUUGUUCCAACACCAUUUUACCCGGAUCUAAAGGAGAUCCUGGCGAGGUAGGAGAUGCAGGAGAUGAGGGACGACUCGGGAAAACCGGACCGCCGGGACACACAGGCGUCCCGGGGGAGAACGGAGAGAUAGGAGACGCUGGGAGAACUGGGAAAACUGGUCCUGCUGGAGAACGAGGAGAAACCGGAGAGCGAGGAAACGCUGGAGCCUCAGGGAUAAAGGGGAAAGCAGGUUCUACGUGUGACUGCGGGAGGUACAGGAAAGUGGUCGGACAAAUGGACAUCAACGUCAACAAACUGAAAAACGCCGCCAAGUUCCUGAAAAACGUGAUUCUGGGCGUUAAAGAGACGGAGCAGAAGUUUUACCUGCUGGUGAAGGAGGAGCGUAAACCCAGCGAUGCUCAGCUGAACUGCCGGCUGAGAGGAGGAACCCUGGCUCUGGCUGGCACCGAGAACAUCAGCACACUGCUGGGCUCCUACAUUGGCGAGGCAGGUCUCACUCACGUUCUGGUCGGAACAGGAGGAGAACCCGAGCAUGGCGAGAACGCUACGGUUUCGGGUCGCAGGUGCACGCAGGUGGCGUCUGACGGAGCGCUGAGCCGGGCCGAGUGCGACGCCAUGAAGUUCUACAUCUGUGAGUUCUCCAGGAACUAAGCGCAGGACCUGCAUUCAGGAAGACACGUGGAGAGAGAAAUGGGUUCUUUAAAGGUGCUUGAAUUCUUGGAACUCUUUCAGAUAGGGAAACACUUUGUUGCUGAAGAACACUAAAAGUGUGGAAAAUAGUGAAGCGGACACGUCUUGAGUAUGUUUAAUUCGACGCAGUUCUGAAUUUAAGAAGACUUCUCCUUCUCGUUUGUAAAAUAUUCAUGUUAUUAUUAUUAGCCAGUCAGAAAAGUUUCGAAAGUGUGUUAAAUUGUGUAAUAAUUAUUUUGUAAUAAUCUCUUAAUGAGCAAUAUGAUAUAAUAAUCCAUAUCAUUUGCAUAUUCAAAUAUUUAUUUGCUCCUUGUGAUGUGAUCAUAGACAUUUUCACUCAUGUGCAUCGGUGUUUAUGCUGUGGAUUAAAAUUCAGUUUGAACUCUA